GCGCCGGCCCCCCGCGCUGGAGUGAGCCAGCCAGUCAGUUGGGGAGUGACCCAGGGGCUGUCUGGAGGUACUUCGCCUCCGUCUCUUUCACACAACCGAAGGCGCUGCCUAAGCAAGCCGGAAACGAUGAACAGCUCGUCUCAGUUCCCUGCGCCCAGUUCUCAGCAGCGCAUCUCGGCGGCGGCGUCGGGCAGGAUGAAGGUACAACUUAAGCCAGGUCGAAGUCUAAUGGACUGGAUCCGUCUGCUAAAGAGUGGGAAGGACAUGACAGGGCUGAGGGGAAGGUUUAUUGAGAUUACACCAGAAGAGCUUGCAAAACAUAAUACGAAAACUGACUGCUGGAUAUGUAUCAGAGGCCUGGUUUAUAAUGUGACCCCCUAUUUGGAGUAUCACCCUGGAGGAGAGGAGGAGCUUAUGAAAGGUGCCGGAGCUGAUGCAACAGAAUUAUUUGAUCAGAUUCACAGCUGGGUCAACUACGAUUCUAUGUUGAAGGAAUGCCUUGUAGGAAGAAUGUCUUCAAAGCCUACUUAUGUUGCUAAAGUUUCUGUGAAGCAACCAGGUUUAACGAUGCCAAGAGAGAUAUUACUAAAUGGUGCAACUGUCCCAGAUAGUUCUGAAAAACGACCUCAAGAUAUUUCGCCGAGAUAUGAAUGGUUUCAGACAGAGGAUACGAUCACAAUUGUCAUAUACACCAAACAAAAGGACAUUGACUCAGAUUCCAUGAUUGUAGACUUGGAAGGUGGUGUUCUAAGAACAGAGAUUCGUCAACAAGAGUAUUCUUAUAUCAUUCAUUUAGAACUAAGUCAUGAGGUAGAACAAGAGGUAGCAUCUGUACGUUGUAGCAGCAAAGUGGGAAAAAUUGAACUGCACUUGAAAAAACUUAGUAAUACAGUAUGGAAUGAUCUUGGACAACCUCGAGAACAUCAUAACUCAUACGAAAAGAAUACCAACAGGGAUCUCUUCUACUGGAAAUGCAACCUGAUCUCAAAGGUGGAUGUCUCACACAACACCAGACUGUUCUGCUUUCAGCUACCUCCUGGAUGUCAUUUGACUAUACCUGUUGGGCAACAUGUGUAUCUUAAAAGUUGCAUUCAAGAUGUAGAGGUUGUUAGGCCCUAUACCCCUGUGUUGCCGUCCUUGUAUCCAGAACCAAGGAAUGAUUAUCAAAGCUGCACAAAUAUCUACUUAAUGAUUAAAAUUUAUCCCACUGGACUGCUGACACCAAUUAUUGACAAGCUUCAAAUUGGUGAUUCUGUAUCCUUGAGUAGCCCAGAUGGCAACUUCAAAUGCACUCAACUUAAAGGAAUGACUGAGCUUAUCCUCUUGGCUGCUGGUACAGGGUUCACUCCAAUGAUUAAACUUAUAAGCUUUACCUUGAAGAUUUCAUAUUUCAGGAAAAUCCGAUUAAUGUUCUUUAACAAGGAAGAAAAGGAUAUUUUGUGGAAGGAUCAAUUGGACAAUUUAACCUCAAAAGAUAAAAGAUUUGAGGUUGAAUAUAUUCUGUCAGAGCCUCACUUGGAAUGGACAGGAAAACGGGGAAGGAUUGAAAGGUCUCUCUGUUCAGAACUUUUGUCUAGGCGCACUGAAGAGGGGAAAAGUCUUGUGUGCGUUUGUGGUCCAAACUCCUUCACUGAGCAAGUUGUUGGGAAAUUGCUGCAGUUCUUCAAAUCAAAUGUCAACAAUCUGCAUUUACUUCAAAUCAGCUUCUGCAAAGAAUUAGGAAUUAGCAAUGAAGAGAUUCAUGCUUUCAGUGGAUAACAGUUGGAAAAAAAAGCAGCAGGAAAGCCAUUUCACUGUUCACUAAAGACAACCUGCCAAUUGGAUUCUAUUGAAAAUGGUUUAUAUAAUAUUUUUAACACUGCUAUGCAUAGCUCCUGACUUUGUUUAAAUAUGUGUGAUGUAUUUAUACAACUAUUCUAAAUGCAUUCAAUUUUUUUAAAAUGAAUUACAUGUGCAAGUUAAUGUUCUUGAGGAUGAUCUGAUUAUAUAAAGUCAAAACUCUUGAAAGGACUAUAUUGUGUUGGCUGUGCUGAUAUGUUUUUAUUAAUGGUAUUUUCAGUAAGUGAGUGGUAAUAUAAAAGAACUGAAAUGUAAUAUGCUGAUGCAAUACUCUUAUGACCUCAGACAUCUUUCUGCUGUACUUGAAGGUGAAGACUCUGCCAGCUGUAGGUUAUAUCUUGUGAAUGGCAUAUAAUAAGGAUCCUUUGAGUUAUGCUGGACUCUGCACUGAUAUCAGCUAUUGCUAGCUGUAUAGAGAGCAACUCUCAACUGAUCUAUUCAGGACGUGGACAUCAUUGGCAAGGCCAGU